AUGGACCUUUUUGCCGUCAGUCGCUCUGCUCUUCUUCUCGUUUUCCUGGCUCUCGAUGCAGCGGACGUCCUGCUGGUGCGCGGGCUCGGCGCAGCCUCUGUCGGCAGUCUUGUUUGCUUCGACGAUGGGCAGAAGCCGCGGGCGCGGCUGUCUUGUGAUGAGGAGACACACACGGCGGCGUCGCAUGUACCGACUCCCGCCUUCAACGUCGGCGUCGUUCUUCAGCUCCUCGAUCAAGAGUUAACCAUUGUGGGCCUUCUCGGUCGCUGCGGCGACGCGACGUUGUCGGGAGGUUUCCCUUUGUCUCCGUCCUCUGCAUCCCCCCUCGUAGGAGAUAUCUGCACUCUUGUAGGCGGUGGUGCUCGAAACGUGUCGGAGACAGGAGAUGCAGACACCCCUCAUACCCGUUUGGCUCAGCUUCCCGACACUCCGCUUUCGCCUCUCUCUCUUCUCUCUUCUCUCUCCUCUCCCGAAAAGAACGCCAUCCCAAGUUGCGUCUCCUCCGAUACCUGGAAUGUCUUUUCUCUGCCGACUCGAGGCGCCUUCCCUUCCUCUCAGAGCUGCACUCCGGCGGUCCUCCACACCGGCUCGACGGUGCUGGACAGCCUGUCUCCUUUUCGUUUGGGCUCUUCGACUGCGGUCGUCGGGCCUCUGGGGACAGGCAAGUCGACGUCCCUCCUACCUCUCAUUGCCUCCCACCUUGUCUCUUCUUCCGCCUCCCUCGGAGCGAGCGCGUCGUCUGUCGAGGCAGAGACAGCACACAGUACUCCGCCGUCUGUUGUUUUUCUCUCCCUGGGCACGUCUCCACCUUCCGCCCUCGCGCAGUGGCUUGACACCCUCCGGUCGGUUGCCAUUCCGUCCGCGGCAGCUUCGUCUCCUCGGGCGACAACCGCGUCUGAGGCGACUGGAGCUUCGCAGGGGUGGGGAGGAGAGAGGAAACAGCGGCUGAAAUCGAAGGCGGCUGCAAAUCGACGUGACGAAACAGAAUCCUUUGGUCCGAACGUCGAAGGAGAUACCCCUUCCAGAAGAAAUGCCGAGUCUCAAAACAGUAUUCCCCCUGGAGUCCUCUUCCUCCACGUACCCCCUGACACACACUCCACGUCCUGCUGUAUGUACACCGCCCCGAUGCUGGCUCUGAAGGCCGCUAUGGCGAGUCAAGCUGCUGGCCAAAACGUACUUCUUGUUAUCGACGGAAUGGACGCACAUGCAGCUGCUGCUGCCCAGCUGAAACAGAAUUUAGGACAGCUUCUCGCUUCUUCCUGUGCUCGCGCUGUUCUUCCGGCCUCUGGGUCUCGCGGAGGGAACCAGCCCCGGGGCGGUUGGGGUGUACAUACACCUGGAGGCAGGGUGUCGCUGGGCGGCCAAGGUUCGUGCUUGACGGACGGAGGCGACAGCGGGACACUCCCGGUUCUGCCGUUUGCUUCCAUAGGCAGUUAUUACGGACAACUCACGAGCCAGGCAGGAACUGGUGGCGAGGAGGGAAAAGCCUCGUUGUCCCUUGUCUGUGUCCUGGACACGCCUCCAGGUGUAUGUACACCUGGAAGCUCGGCGGCGUCAGGGGCUGGGGCGGAUAUGACGAAACAGGAGAAGCAGUGGAAUCGUGUGAUAAGCUCCGCCAUUCAGGGAGAUUCGUCGUUGGGGGAAACGACUCUCCGGAAAGUGGUUGAGGCGGCCCAGGAAGUGCUGAUUUCUUCUGCUGACAAAACGGUCGUGUUCCACCCCGAUGCGCAGCUCGACAGGCAAAGCAAGGACCAGCUGAACAAAGACCGAAUGUACCAAUGGCGGCGGAGCCAAGGAGCCUGGGCGGAGGGCAGGAGCAGUCAAAACGAGGAAUCACUGCUUCGCUCGUCCUCAGGGGGGAAACGAAAGAGUAUGGGAGGUGUCGGGUCUGUGUACCCGAUGGUGGAUUUGGACUUUCUCCUGGCGUCGUCUCCAGCACUGCUCUCUGCAGACGCUUGCGCCGCCCUAUCUGCCUCUUGUUUUUCUCCGUCGUUCCAAGAAAAUCCUCCGCCGCCGGAACUUCUCUCCGAUGCUCUUAAAGAUCUUUGCCGCAAACACGCCGAGGCGGCGCGACACCCAGAGAACGCCUGUGCAGGGUUCGAAACUUCGCCCCUCCUUUCUGCUGCGGCGAGUGCCUUUGCGUGGCAACAAAAGGUGCUGAGGAGCCAGAGGGAACGGCAAGAGAUGAUGGCCGCGUUGAAGCUCUUUGUGGAUAUCUGGGAAGAAGAGGACCUCGUCAGUCUGCACAUCGCAUCAAGUGUAUGUACAGCUCAACUGCCGGGGCGGGUCUUCAGCUCCGCUGAACAGGUUCUUCUCCUUCGCGCUGCAGCAACACUUCUGUUCUCGCCGGUCUCCGACGACGCAGGCGUCCCAGCGCCCAGCGCGCCUGCGGGACCAGCCAGCUACAAACUGCCGUGGUUUGUCGGCCAAGACCGAAAUCGCGUUUCCUUCGCGGACGUGUGUGGCUUUCAAGAGAGCCUGUUGGGGCUCUUCCAGGAAAGGCACCCAACUGUGUGGCAGAGACUCGUGGCGUAUCUCGCUCGCGACGGGGCUCACCAGGGCCCGAUGCCGGCGGAGACGCACGCGCGGCUGGGGGCGAGCCAGGGCGCGAAUCUCGUUUUGCAAGACGAGACACAAGAGGCGGAACUGGACAAACAAGUCACAGAACUGCUUCAGCUGAUUGGUGAAAUAGACAGAGGCCUGCUGGCGCUGGGCCGCCUCCUGCCACUCACGAGCCCCCCCGCUGAGGAGUAG